ACUGAACCAGAUCUUCAGAUCCAGUUUGGAGAUGGGUGGGAUCAUAGUGGAAAAAAAAUGCUUUUGAUUAUUUUCAAAACAUUUGAUGCAUUUGUAUUAUUUUUGAAAUGUUAAUCUGGGAUGCAUCCACAUUUCACUGUAAUUGCUUUGCUGUUUGUUUGUUUAAACAAUAAUUGUACUGUUACUCACACCUUUCUCAUGGAGUGAACGGGAAUGUAAAUGACAGCGCAGAACAUUAACGUGCAGUACAGAUCACUUCAGCUUUAUAAGCUACAGGGUGCGGAAUACGAGCACGCGCAGUGACACGGACACGCGCAUUCAUUCUGCCCAGAGCACCGGAUUGGGAGCGAGGCCGCGCAGGAGCACACGGGCACGCGCACUAUGGGGAACGACGGAGUGUUGUAGCGUUUCGUGCUGGUGCGGUUUAGUUGCAAGUGCUCUCGGAAAAGGCUUCUGAAGUUUAACUCGGGUUUUCUCGGACAGGCAGGCCUGGCAGCAACGAGUACGCGGACGCAAGAGACGUGAGGAUAGAUAACCUUAAAAGAUGUGGAUCAUUUCAGACUGCCCAUUCUGAAUCCCAACACACAAACACAUACACCGUGAGCCAUGUCUGAGAUGGAGGGCCGCAGUGAUUCAGGCCUAGCCCCAGGGCAGGUCUAUGUGGAAGUGGAGUAUGAUUAUGAGUACAAGGCCAAAGACAGACUAAUUUCCAUACAUCAGGGUGAGUGCUACAUGUUGGUGAGGAAAACCAACUCUGACUGGUGGCAGGUGAGAAGGGAAGACGGCACUAAGGCUUUCUAUGUGCCUGCGCAGUAUGUGCGUGAGGUGCGGCGGGCGCUCAUGCCACCCCCCAAACCACGCAUCAAGCCUCCCAUCACCCUGCCAAUCACCCUACCCAUAACUCAUUGCUCUUCGGUCAGUGAAAACCUGCAACAGCGGGCACCAUCGGAUAUGGUGAGUUUCGGACGGCCGCCCCCUUCCAGCACGCCUUCCCCGUUACCAGAGCAACAUACUCCACCCUUACUGCUGCGGGAUUCCACUCAGAAUGCAGGGAUGAAGGACGUGCUUGCAGAGCUCGCUCUGCUCAACAACAACAACCAUCAUAACCAUCACCAUGGCAACGCAGUUCUGCUGCCGCGCACCAGGCCCGAGUCGCCAUCCAAGGAGCCGCCAGGUUGCCGGGGGAAACCCCAAGGAGUGUCACUGUCAGAUACAGACGGAUCAUCGCCAGGAAACGGCUCGGAGGUGUUGCGUAACGAUUCGGAAUCAGGAGAUGAGUUGAGCAGCAGCUCCACAGAACACACACAGACAGUGUCUCCUAUUGGCCAUGGUCGUCCAGAGUCCCCUGUCUACACCAACUUGCGGGAGCUGAAGGUCUCUCAGUCAUCCUUACCUCCUGUUCCUUCAACCUCUCCUCUGCAUGUACUGGGGGACUGGGAGACGCAUAAGGACGUGAACGGAAGACAUUUCUAUUACAACAAGACCACCCUGGAGAGGACGUGGAAACCACCACGCUCUCGGGACACUACCGGGGGCAACAGAGGAGACCCCGCCAACACCACUGACAUGGAGCCGUUGUCGUCUGAAGAGAACUGUUUGAGCACGCACUCCAGUCAGUCAGACAGUCAGUAUGGCUCGCCCCCUAGAGGCUGGUCUGAAGAACUGGAUGAACAUGGUCACACUCUUUAUGUGUGCGAAUACAAUAAUGAGAAGUGGAUAAAGCAUGUGGAUGAGCAGGGCAGGCCAUACUAUUACAGCGCUGAUGGAUCUCGCUCUGAAUGGGAACUUCCUAAAUACAGUCUCCCUUCUCCAGUCACCACUGAAGUUCCUAAAAGUCGCAGCUUGGAAAGGAAGCAGCCAGAGCCAAUAGUCCUGACCAAAUGGCGAUAUAGCACCUUUGUAGAUCUCAGUGACAAGCUGUCAGUCAAAAAUAGGCGCUUCACCUUGGGACACGUCUCCAGAGGUUUUGGCCUAUCGUUGUACAGAUAUGAAGAGUCUGGGACCAGCAAACAUAACUCCCCCGACUCUGACUCCUGUCCUUCUUCACCUAAACACUCCUCUACACUGUCAGAAAAAUGUGGAGUCCUCAAUGUCACCAAGAUCACUGAGCAUGGAAAGAAAGUCAGGAAGAACUGGACCUCGUCCUGGACGGUACUGCAGGGUUCCACACUGCUCUUUGCUAAGGGUCAGAACAGUGCCACCAGCUGGUCCUACUAUCGCAGUGGCUCAUUCCCUGAGCUUCUCCUCUCGUUGCUAAGCAACUGGAAGCGUUCAGUUAAGCCCCGCCCUGCAGUCUCCUAUAAACACUUUGGGCCUUAUUCUUUUGGAGGAAACCAGUCAAAGCCAGAAUUUGCCGUGGACCUUCGUGGUGGGUCAGUGGAGUGGGCAUCGAAAGAGAAGUCCAGCAAGAAGCAUGUUAUUGAGCUAAAGACACGUCAGGGCACAGAGCUGCUGAUCCAGUCAGAGAUUGACAGCGUCAUCACUGACUGGUACAGGGCUCUCACUGAGGUUAUCAAUACACACGCCUGGGAGUCAGAUGAAGCUAUCGAAGAGGACAUGCCCGAGUCUCCUGGAACAGAGAAACAAGACAAAGAAAAGGAGCAUAGGGAUUUCAAAAAAAGUAAAGCAUUGAAGAGUGCCACUAUGGAAUCAGCUGAUCAGAAGAAGACCAGAGUCAAGCUUAAGAAAUUCCUCACGCGAAGACCAACCUUACAGGCCGUCAGAGACAAAGGCUACAUUAAAGAUCAGGUGUUUGGGUGCAGUAUGACCAGUCUUUGUUCCAGGGAGAACACCUCAGUACCCAACUUCGUCCGAAUGUGUAUUGAGCAUGUGGAGAACACAGGCUUAAAUGUUGAUGGAUUGUAUAGAGUAAGUGGAAAUCUGGCUGUCAUUCAGAAACUGCGCUUUGCUGUCAAUCAUGAUGAGAAGGUGGACCUAGCAGACAGUAAAUGGGAGGAUAUCCAUGUGGUCACUGGUGCGCUGAAGAUGUUUUUCCGGGAGCUUCCAGAACCCCUUUUCACUUAUACCUCCUUCAAUGACUUUGUUAAUGCUAUUAAAAACUCGGACUACAAGCAGCGAGUUCAGGCCAUAAAAGAGUUAAUCAAGCAGCUGCCAAAGCCAAAUCAGGAAACGAUGCAAGUCCUAUUCAGACACCUGAAAAGAGUGAUAGAACAUGGAGAGGCGAACAGGAUGACAACUCAGAGCGUGGCCAUUGUGUUUGGCCCGACCCUCCUGCGACCUGAGACCGAGACAGGCAAUAUGGCCGUCCAUAUGGUCUACCAGAACCAGAUUGUAGAACUGAUCCUCCUGGAAUAUGACAACUUAUUUGGCAGGUAGAGCCCCUGUGGACUGUACACUCAUGCGCUUCUCCGAAAAUAAUGCCAAACCAUGACCACUGCAGAAUCCAUCAUGUAAAAGCAAAGGCAUGCUUCAUUUGCUGUGGAACAGGCUUAAUACUGAACAUAUAAAGAGAAGAAUAUCUGCAUUAUAACAUUGCUAAGCGGUUGAAAUAAAAGAAUAUUAAAAGGUACUUCAUGCACUUCCUGCUUUUGGACUUUUGAAGUUGUGCAGCUGUUUCCCUGGUUUAUUAUUCCUGAAAAGGAGCUGCUACUCCUGAUUGAGAAUAAACUUGAUGGACUUGUUAACUUGUUUGGCACAGUAGAUCAUCCUCCAAUUUUGCUCUAACUGGAUGUUACACAAGUAUCUGUACCAGUAUGGCUGACUCUGAGGAAUCUGCUGUGGGCUGAGCAUGGAAUAUGAGAAUAUUUCAAGUGUAUGUAUAUAAUGAAUACUGAUGUAAACCUGAAACUGGACUGGAGUUUCAUUUCUUCCGGUUUUGGGCAAAUCUGCACUUCUGAACAUUUUUCUUGAAAUAACAUAAAAAUGGAAAAGCAUUAUGAAAACCAGUAUUGUUUCUCAACAGUUAAUCUGUAGAGUGAAAGUGAGCCAUUAUUCUAUAUAAAUAUGAGUAAUGGCUUGAUGACAGUAUUACACAUUACAAACGUGGACCCUUGGGAAGGAUUUACAUGGCUUACUAGACUUGUUUUCCUCUGGCUCUGCUUACUGAGCUUAUACUAUCUGCCAUUUUGACUGCAAUCCCUCAGUCUCAUUCUUUAAUGGAACUGGAAAGAUCUGCUUCCUCUCUCCACAACUUACUACCGGAUUACUGACCUGUUCAUCUCAUUGUGACAGCAUCUCAUCCAAUAGGAUCACUAAAGGCUCUGUGAGCUCUGAGGAACUCUGAUCAAAUAACUGGACUGUAGUAAUAUUAGGACAUGGAAGUGGAACCAUAGUCAAGGGUUGUUCUCUGUUAAAGAAGGAAGAAAAUACACCGGUUGACAUGAUUUAAAUUUGGCUAGGUUGGUCUUACUUUCCUUAUUACAUCCCUCUAGCUUUUAUUUAAUUUUUUUCUAAUUCUUCCUCCUUACACGCCUCUCCCCCUACUUUCCUACUCCUGCGUUACUGGAAUUUGAAAGUGGAGAUGUUUGCGUUUAGUCCUGAUGCUCCUGUUUCAGAUCAAUAGAUCUACCCCAACUACUUUUCUCUCUGUACAUCUCUACAUCAAUAUGAACAGGAAUAAAAAGGCAGGAUUGUACAGGAAAUAGUGUUUAUGGUGUGGUCAUGCUGCACAUGCUUUGUUCAGGUACACAUUAUGAAAAGCCUUUUUAUACUGGAGUUCCAAAAUAUAUGUACAGAUUAUGGUUAAAAGAUUUCGAAAUCUUUUGAAGUGUGAAAGAUUUCCCUAAUAUUGUAUAAUAAAUAUUAAGAGUAAUAAAUAUGAGAUAUUAAUUGUUUCAGAGGAAGGGUUGUAUUGCAAUGCAUUGUGAACAGCACAUUUGAAUGUAAUUGUGAGACUAACUACUGUUUCUGACAUUGACAUGUCUAAUCCUAAUUAAAAAGAAAUCACAUGCAAACUA